AAAAAUGUCAUGUCCACACCAAAGCAUUUCUACAAUUCGACACUGUAACAGAGCCUUCGCAGAAAUCACCUCCUCUGUUAUAAUUCGUUUUUCACUUGAUCGGAUUGUAUUCUUGGCCGUUAUAUAUCACCAUCUUUUCUCUCUCAGAUGUCCAAACGUCUAGAUACAGCACGGCGGGAUUUUGUACGUCCCAGGCGACGCAAUAGCUGAGAAGUUGCUGCGCCUCUUCGCAUACUACCCGUUCGACGAAUUGCCUCUAAAGAGAAGGCCAUGAAUUCGACUGAGCACGGGGCUUUGGAGUUGCACGAGGCUGAAGUCAUCAAGCCCGGCAGCGUUGGCGAAGGUCUGAGCAAGGAUAUGCGCAACGGCCAUUGUCGCACCGCGCACAACAUGUCCUCCUCCUCGCUUCGCAAGAAAUCGGAUCUCUCGCUCCUCUCAAAGGUCCGGUGUGGGAUUUUACGCAAUUUUAUGUCUAAUCUCCAUGAGAUUUUUCUUGGGACGAAGCUUUUCGUUCUCUUCCCGGCAGUUCCCCUUGCCAUUGCUGCGCAGAACUACGGCUUCGGACGCGCAUGGAUAUUCGCAUUGAGUUUGUUAGGCCUCACCCCGCUUGCAGAACGAGUCAGCUUCCUCACUGAGCAAAUUGCGUUCUACACUGGCCCUACUGUUGGUGGCCUACUAAAUGCUACAUGUGGGAAUGCAACAGAACUUAUCAUAGCUUUGUUUGCACUGCACAAGGGUAAGAUUGAAGUGGUCAAGUUCUCCCUGAUUGGUUCAAUCCUCUCCAAUUUGCUUCUUGUUCUUGGUUCCUCCCUCUUCUGUGGUGGCAUUGCUAACCUCCGAAAAGAGCAAUAUUUUGACCGGAAGCAAGCUAAUGUAAACACGAGCCUCCUGAUGCUGGGCGCACUGUGUCAUGUGCUUCUACUAUUGUUUAGAUGUGCUGUGACCACUGGCGAGCAAAAUGUAGCCAUUGUCCCUACUUUAGCACUAUCAAGAGUUUGCAGCAUUGUGAUGCUAGCCACCUACAUGGCUUACCUUUUUUUCCAAUUGAAGACCCAUCGCCAACUAUUUGAGUCACCAGAGGAGGAUGAUGACAAUGAUGAUGUGGUAUCAGAAGAUGAGACAGUCAUGGGAUUUCUUAGUGCAUUAAUUUGGUUGGUCGGUUUUACAAUUAUAAUUGCAGUUUUGUCAGAAUAUGUUGUUGGCACAAUUGAGGUCUGUCUUUUUUGCUUUUGAAGUUUCUAAAUUUCG